CUCUGCUGUCAUGUGGGCGAAAGAGGCUAAAUCGAUGAAGAGGGGCUAGUUGGCAUUACUUAAUUUAAACCUUGAUUUUAUCAAAUUAAUAUCACAGUUUAUGACUUUGUAAAAUAUCCCAAUGAUUUAAAAACAUUUUGUUAUCUAAACGACGUGUACACUUUGGACGAACUGUUGUUGUCAAGCAAGAAUCAUCUAAAAUAAGUGGAGACAUCAAGCGAAUGAGAGACUACCAGAGAGAAACAAUGAUGGUGUUUGAACUGCCAACACACUAAGUUCUCCGAGACAAGACAUCUGAUGAAAAAUUACUGCAACAUUACAGAUCCCGGCAUGGAAGACAAGGCAAAUGGCUCUGUUGACACCAAGAGCCCAGUGGAGAACGGUCAGAUGCCGGACCCUGCCAACUGGGGGGUCGCCGAUGUCGUCAAUUACUUCAAAGCAACAGGGUUCGAGGAGCAAGCCACGGCUUUCCAAGAUCAGGAAAUCGAUGGUAAGUCCCUGCUCCUGAUGACACGUAACGACGUGCUGACGGGGCUGUCGAUAAAGCUUGGCCCUGCGCUGAAGAUCUAUGAGUAUCACGUGAAGCCGCUGCAGACUCAACACCUGAAGAGCAACGCCUCGUAGCAUCGCGGGCCAUCCCAACACCCACCUCAGUGACAAUCAUCGUGUCAGGAGACCCCAGGUUAGCUGCAGCUUCACAAAGACUCCUCUGGCCACAGUGGCACCUUAACAGGAUUUGAAUGCUGUAUGUUUUUAUAAAAAUGGACCCCAAAAAUGGGUUGCACAUGGAGUCCACUCAGCUGUUUACCCUUUCAGCCAUUCUUAUUUCUGCUGCUUGAGAUAUGUAUUUUAUUUUAUUUUUUCAUGUGUGUGUGUUUUAUUUAAAAGAAGGAAAUUAGGGGCGGUACUCUGCAGGUAUGGUUUUUUUUUGUGUGUGUUUGUGCGUGUGUGUUUGUGCGUGUGUGUUUGUGCGUGUGUGUGUGUGUGUGUGUGUGUGUGUGUGUGCGUGUGCGCAAAGUGAAUUAACCUAAAUUGGUUUGUUGUUUUUUUUUAAAGUAUUUGUAU